AUGGUCGUUAGAACAACUUCUUCACAAAGUGGUGAUUCAUACAUGGAAGAUGGUUAUAUUCAUAAUAUGACCUUCAAACAAGCAAAAAAUCUAUUAGAAAGUCCUCGUUCUCGUCAAGUUAUUACUUUGGAUAGUUGUGGUAAAAAAGUUGGUGUUUGUGAAGUUGGUGACCCAAAUGGUUUUCCUGUCCUUUGGUUCACAG